GUUCGUGGCCGAGAACGCCACGGAACAGCGGUGCCGCUACUUCUCCAAGGCGCAGAAAUUUGUUUGCCGGGUGAAGGUGCCACCCGGUGCCGAUGACACCAAACUCCUCGUGGUGUCCACGUGCGUCAGCAACAUUCCCUGACGCCAGCCAGGGCUGCCCCAUGCCCGGUCCCCCCUUUCCCCGGCAGUGAAGCCCGACCCCCCCCUCAACGUGACAGUGGAGGCUCUGGAGAAGGCACCGCAGCGGCUGCGGGUCAACUGGUCCUACCCCUCCUCCUGGGACCCCAGCUUCUACCGCCUCCGCUUCCAGGUCCGCUACCGCCCCAAGCCUGCCCAGACCUUCACGGAGGUGGACCAGGUGACGACGACGACGCUGGACAUCCGUGAUGCCUGGCGGGGGAUGCAGCACGUGGUGCAGGUGCGGGCGCAGGAGGAGUUCGGCCACGGCACGUGGAGUGAGUGGAGCCGGGAGGCGGUGGGCACCCCCUGGACAGAUCCCAGGGAUCUCACCUCCGAAACGGGACCCUUCAGCUCGCAGUUCCCCAUGGAGGGUGGCACCUAUGGAGUCACGCUGCCCCCCGAGCUCGUCAGGGAAGACGCUGCUGAUGGCACUGGUG